AUGGAGAAAAAGCCUAAUGAAAACUUUAGGCAAUACGCACAGAGAUUGAGAGAUGUGGCAAUGCAAGUCCAACCAUCAUUGUUGGAGAAGAAGACUACCAUAUUGUUCAUCAACACUUUGAAGGCUCCAUUCAUUACCCAUAUGAUUGGGAGUACUACUAAAAGCUUUGCGGAUAUAGUUAUGGCGGGAGAGAUGAUCAAGAAUGCUAUAAGAGGAGGCAAAAUCGAGGGGGAAAUAGCCAAAAGAUCGGCCCCAAUGAGAAAGGAUGGGGAAGUGAAUAAUACAAGCACCUAUAACACCAGGGCAAUCACAGUUGGUCAGUCUAAAACGACUGCGGUUGAGCAACAAAGUUCUCAAAAGAAAGAGUCGAGAACCAGGCAGGACACUGAAAGGAUGCAAUUCACACCUAUUCCCGUGACGUAUCGUGAGCUCUAUCAAAGCUUAUACGAUGCACAUGCUAUUUCUCCUUUCCAUUUGAAACCACUGCAGCCCCUAUAUCCCAAAUGGUAUGAUGCAAAUGCCAGUACUGAAAACCCGCUGCCAAAUCAUGGCGAUCAAAGAGUGAAUGCCAUUGGUGAAACCAGUGAGAGAAGAGUGAAGGAAGAUGUUAUUGAGGUGAGGAUGCCUAUGAAGGUGAUCUGGGAGGAGAUGAUGAAGAGAGGUAUGUUAACCUCUAAAAACGAGAAAGGAGAAAUAAGGAACUAUGGUGAGUUCCAUGAGAAAGAAGGAUAUGAAACUCAAGAUUGUGAAGAAUUCAAGGCCUUGGUGCAAGGCUUUAUAGACAAUAAAGAGCUACAGAUUUUUGAAGGUAGCUCUAGUAAAAAAGAAGGGAAUAAUAAAGUAGGGGCACAAGUGGUGCCUAAGGUCAUAAUCCACAAACCAGUGUCCUUCCCUUAUAAGGAUAACAAGAGGGUACCAUGGAGUUAUAACUGCCAUGUGUCAUUGCUGGAGAAAGAGGAUGUAGCCAGUACGUCCAAGGAUGUACAAAUUGAAGGUUCCCAUACACGGAGUGGGAAGGGGUAUGAUACGAUGGGUGUCAAAGAGGAGCCCAUAAAAACAAAGAAUGCUAGUGUGGAGAAGAAAAAAGAAGCUGAAGUGCCAAUCAAGGAGCCACUAGACCGGUUGGUGAACAACAUUAGCGCGGACAAUUUCAUCCACUUUAAUGAUGAUGAAAUCCCACCAGAGGGCAGGAGGUCAACUAAGGCCUUGCACAUUACCACUCGAUGCAAGGGGUACACACUCCCAAGCGUGCUUGUCGAUAAUGAAUCAGCCCUGAAUGUUCUACCGUUGUCUACAUUGAACAGAUUACCCAUUGAUGAUUCUUACAUAAAAACAUGUCAAAAUGUGGUAAGAGCGUUCGACAGAAGGCCAUGGAUACACUCAGCGGGAGCGGUGCCCUCAUCAUUGCACCAGAAAUUAAAGUUAGUGACGGAUGGAUGGUUAGUAACCAUCAAUGCAGAGGAGGACAUUAUAGCUGCAGUUACUAGCAAGGCCCUUUAUAUCGAAACAAAUGAGGAAUCUAAUGAGUGUUCUUUUCGCUCUUUAGAGUUUGUAAAUGCAACCUUCAUUUCAGAGGGGAGUGAGUUACUGGUACUAAAGAUAGCAAGAGCUACGAGGAUGGCUCUACAAAUGAUGGCAGGAAAGGGAACUUCACUAAAAAGAGGGUUAGGAAAAUAUUUGCAAGGAAGGACUCAAAUCCCUGAACUUAAAAAGAAAAGAGAUCGCUUUGGUCUAGGUUUCAAACUAGAUUAUAAGCAAAGGAAGAGGGAGAUUGAGAAGCGCCAAGAGGAAAGAGGGGCGUGCCUUAAUAGAAGAGAAAUAGAGUGGGAGCCGAUGACAUUCCCUCCAAUAUCCCGAACCUUCAUAUCGAGAGGGUUACUCAUAGAAGGAAGUCAUCAGAUUAAUGUUGUACAAGAGGAAAGAUCGGAUCAAGGAAACCUUGAGGGCAUUUGUCCUUACUAA